GUUCAAACCGCUUCGCCUAGUAAAUUAAUAUCGAGUAUUUUACAUAUAUGUUAAUAUCUGCACUGAUUUAAUUUGUCGCUCCAUCCUCCAACCUCAUCCUUUAAUCCCCGAAUGAAGGAGGAAAAAAAAAAAAUUAAAAAUGCACGAAAGUCCUCUUUUCACACCUCUAUAAAACUCACUCCAAACUAGCACCUUCUUCCAAUAUAAUUUAAGAAGCAGUGUUUGAUCUUUCUUACACAAAAAUAUCGCUAUAACAUGGAGUCCGAAAACAAGAACAGUGGCUAUGGAGGGAUGGAGAGCGGUGUGGUGGUGGCUAAUAAGAGAAAACUGAGGGGCUCCGAUGUAAUUUUACGUUUCUUGGCACUGGCACUCAGCCUGGCCGCGGCCGUGGUUCUGGGCGUCAAUAACGAGACAACCACGGUGGCCAUGACGCUCGUCCCAACGCUGCCACCUGUCAACGUGCCGGUCACCGCAAAGUGGCACUACUUGUCUGCCUUUGUGUUCUUUGUGGUGUCAAAUAGCAUAGCAUGCGCCUAUGCAGCCGUCUCAUUAAUCGUUAAGCUCGCAAAUAGAAGUGGAAAAAAGGGCAUGGAAAUGAUGUUCAUUUUGGUCGACCUAAUCAUGGUGGCUUUACUGUUUGCGAGCGUGGGAGCUGCCCUUGCCAUUGGCCUUAUGGGAUAUGAAGGCAAUUCGCACGUGCAGUGGAAAAAGGUGUGUCAUGUGUUUGAUAGGUAUUGCGAUCAGGCUGGGGUCGCUAUCGGUCUCUCAUGUGGGGCCUCGUUGGCGUAUUUCGUGUUGGUGGUGCUUGCAGUUCUUAAGAGAUGCUAAAACGAAGAGCUAACUUGGUUGCUUUUGCAUUUUGUAAUCAAUAAUACGUGGAAAUAAUGAACGCUCUCUAGUUAUUAUAUUAUCAAUGUGGUAAUUCCAAAAUGUGUUCGAAUUGUGUUGUGGGAAACAUCUUAAUUUUGAGGUUUGUUCGGGUUAGUUAAGUUAGAAACUUGGAUCGGGUUUCAUGAAAUGGUGGACAACAAACAUGAAUAUGAACAAAUGAAACUCGAACAAAUUAAGAAAAAACAAACAAAU